UUUUUAUUCUUGAAACAAGCUUCUUUUCACUUUAAGAUUAAUUUUUUUUCAGUACAUUUUAUGUAGAAUACAUUCCUGGAGUUUUUUUCCCUUCAUUUUGAUGAGAAUCUAAUGUUUUUACUUGGCUUUUUGGAGGAUUUUUUUGUCCCGUGAGAUGUUUUUGAGUCGCUCGUUUGCUAUGAUCACACCUGGAUGUAGUUUGUAAUCAGCACAGCUGUUUUCAGUUUGUUUGAUUGUCCCUCGGUUCAAUUUAGUCCACAAUUUCAGUUGAUCUCGGUCAGAUCUUUAAAUGCAUUUUGGUUUCUCUUAGGUCAUGCUUAAAAUCUUUUGAUUGUUUUUUUGUUUGUUUGUUUUUCUUUUUUUAUUCAAAGUUAGCUUUUUUUGGUCAAACUCGCCUCCAGUCUUCUUUAUUUGGGUCUCCAAAACUCAUUCCUGUUGGAUCUGGUAUUUGUCACAUCAUCUUUUUGCUUCUAUCAGUCAACACUUCUCUGCCAGCCAACCAGAAGUGACCUCAAGACUGGAAAAAUACAUUAUAGAGAUCAUGGCCAAUGAGAGUUCUGUAUCAAACAGCAGCUCCUCCGAUUUAAACAGCCCCCAGUACAGUGAUGCGGAACUGGUGCUGCUCGCCGUUGCCAUGGCGAUUCUGGUUCUGGCCAUAGUGCUUGGUAAUGUGAUGGUGAUUUCCGCCAUCCUGCGCUUCCAUCGACUCCAAACCGUUACCAACCUCUUCAUCGCCUCUCUGGCAGUGGCUGACCUCAUCAUGGGAGUAGUCGUGGUUCCCUUUAGCUCUAGUAACAUCCUACUCAGCUCGUGGAAGUUUGGGAACUUCAUGUGUGAUUUCUGGACAGCGACGGAUGUGCUGUGUGUGACGGCGAGCAUCGAAACUCUGUGUGUGAUCGCUCUGGACCGCUACCUCGCCAUCACGUUGCCCCUGCGCUACCCAACCCUGCUCACCAGGGCUCGAGCCAUUGCGGCGAUUCUGGCGGUUUGGGCGGUGGCCUCCCUCAUCUCUUUCCUGCCCAUCUACCUGAAGCUAUGGAUGUCAAAGGACCUACAAGCUCUAGAAUGUGUGAAAAGAGAAGACUGCUGUGAAUUCCACACCAAUCAAGCAUAUGCAGUGAUUUCCUCGAUAGUGUCCUUCUACCUGCCGCUGGUGGUGAUGAUUUUCCUGUACAGCCGGGUCUUCCAGGAGGCUCAGAAGCAGCUGAAGAAGAUCAGAGGCCGAGAACAACACUUCUACAACAUGCAUUACUCCACGCAGCUCGCUUGUCCGGACGAUAGCCCAGUCAUGAACACACGCAGGGCGGAAAAUCGGGAAGCGAUGGCAGAGGACAGACUAAACAUGCAACAGCUGGAAGAAGUGGAGUCAGACAAAGGAGAGAAGAACGAAGAAAACAGAGCGAACACACAAAGGGAGGAGGGAAAGCAGUCCUCUGCAAAACGUCUUAAGUUCUCCUUGAAGGAGCACAAAGCUUUGAAAACUCUGGGGAUCAUCAUGGGAACCUUUACUUUAUGCUGGCUCCCGUUUUUCAUCCUCAACAUCGUCAUGGCAUAUUCUGACAAGAACAGCAUAAACGACGUGCCGUUCAGACUCCUCAACUGGCUGGGUUACUCCAACUCCGCCUUCAACCCGCUCAUCUACUGCCGCAGCCCCGAUUUCAGGCACGCUUUCCAGGAAAUACUCCACUUGAGGGGCAAAGGGGGGAGCCGGAGGGCAUGGAGAUGGUGCAGCAGGAGAAGUCGGCGCUCGAACCCUCAACAGAGGCCCAACGGGAGCGUAAACACUGAUGGAGUAAACACCUCUCUGUGGGGGGACAGUGUGCACACCUCCAAGCAGGUCGUGUCUUUGACUCUGGACCCACAAACUUCAUGCUCUGAGCAGGUUUUAGAUGUCGCUCCGGGCUCCAUGUCCACCUGGCAGGCGAACAGUCCGUCAAAAUGGAGCUGUAAGGAAAUCAAAGCUUCAGUGGUUUGAUCGGUUGAACAUAAUUGUUGUGCAUCAGUUGUGCAUAAUUGCAACGUGACCACAAGUUGUUUUUUUACACAUCGUUGACUCAACUCUGCCUUCUAUGAAGCUACUUCGUUGAGUAUGUCAGUGUUAUCGUGGUUUUAUCUCUUUGCUGUUUCUCUGUGCUGCUGAAUUUGUGUCACAGUGCAAUUCUCUUAAUACCUUAAAGUCAUAACUUUGCAGCAACACUGCAAGAAUAUAAAAAUGUUGUUACGGUAUUUUCCUUCAAGAAGCAUCUUAUUGACAAGCUAGCAACAAAAAGUAGGUUUGUAACAGUUAGUAUUGUUGCAAUACAAAAAUAAGUCCCGAAAUACAAUAAAACAUCUGAAAAUGACCUCAAAGACAAUGAAAAUAAAUGUUAUUGAAAGUAAUCAAUGAAAUUGUGUCCAGUGCAACACCAAAACAGUAGUUUGUUGUUUUUUUUGUGUAAAGAGUCUGAAUUUUUACCACCGCAUGACAAGUAUGCAUCAAAAAUGUGUUGACAGUAAAUGAGAACUGGACUGAGACCCCUCCCCCUAGUGUUCCAAA